GUCCUUCUGGGUAUGGAAGGUUUAAAUGGAGUUUGUCAACAGAUCGCGUUAUUGGUCCGGAUUUGUUUACUAGCGAUUAUUUGCGAAAGUUUCUCUUAUUGGCAAUACUAAUUUUUAUUCAAGAAAAACUUUUCUUAACUGUAUGUUUGUGCUCUUCUGUUGCGUAAAGGUCGUGUUUUUUAUUAAUUGCCCCCGUUAUGCAAUGAUUAGUUAGAUUUAUUUUAUUCAAUCAAAAAAAAACUAAUAUAAUAAAAAUUAUUUUGAUUGUUCUUGAUCUAUAUUGUUAUUGUUUUUCCAUAUCAUGUCAGACACAGUGAGUAUCCUUUCGGAAUUUUUCCUGGUGACUUUUAAAGUACUUUGGGCUUUCGUACAGUCUGGGUUGAAAUGGUUUGUACGGCAAAAAGAAAAAAGCGUUGCGGGGCAGGUGUGUUUGGUGGCCGGGGCGGGUAGGGGUCUCGGUCGGCUGUUGGCCAAGGAAUUCGCCCGAAGACGGGCAGUGUUGGUCCUCUGGGAUAUCAACAGUGAAAGCAACGAAGAGACCGCAGAGAUGGUGCGCCGGAUCUACCGGGACACGUCCAGCCCCACAGCUGGAGAGGAUGGUCCUCUUCCUCAGGUAUACACUUACCAGUGUGAUGUGGGAAAGCGUGAGUGUGUGUACGCCUCGGCAGAGAGAGUGAAGCGUGAAGUGGGCCCCGUCGACCUGCUAGUGAACAGCGCUGCCGUCGUCUCCGGCCACCACCUACUGGAUUGCCCAGAUGAGUUGAUUGAGAGGACUUUGAUGGUCAACUGUCACGCCCACUUCUGGACCACCAAAGCCUUCCUCCCGGACAUGCUGGAGGCUAACCGCGGCCACAUCGUAACUGUGGCCAGCUCCCUGGGGCUGUUCAGCACCGCUGGUGUGGAGGAUUACUGUGCCAGCAAGUUCGGGGCCGUCGGCUUCCACGAGUCCCUCAGCCAUGAGCUGAAGGCUGCAGAAAAAGAUGGGAUCAAAAUGACAUUGGUGUGUCCCUUUCUUGUGGACGCGGGCAUGUUCAGAAGCUGCAAAAUCCGAAGAGAGAUUGCAUCCUUCCUGCCCCCCCUACAGCCAGAGUACUGUGUUCAACAAGCGAUGCAGGCCAUCCUGACUGAACAGCCCCUGAUCUGUAUGCCUCGCAGCAUGUACAUGGUGACCUUCAUGAAGGCGAUCCUGCCGUUUGAGGCCAUCGUGUGCAUGUACCGCCUCCUAGGGGCUGAGAAGUGCAUAUACCCCUUUCUGGCACGUCACAAGGAAGCAAUGAACAACAAUGAGGCCAAGAGUGGGGAUUAGGAGUGUUAUUACCCAGAAUGCAGGGCUUGGAUUAAAUGUAUACAAAGGUUUAGCCUUAGUCUAUGACAAAAUAUAUACUGCGUUAAACAUAUUCAGCUUUAAUGAGUGUUAGCAAUCAAAUCCUGAGAGUAGCAGUAUGACAAUAUGCUCGGGAAUGAGCAGAGCUGCCCUGGCUGUGCAGUGUGUAAGACUUUCAGGUAGGGGGCGCAGUGUUUGGUUCAGGCCAGAGUCCUUACUCUGUCAGUGACUUGGUGAUGACUCAGACUGUCAUCCUUGCAGUGUGUAGCUUGUGGUCCUUACUGUGAGGAAGUACAGCUUGGGGAUAAAUGUAUGAUGAUGAACUGUCCCCACUGCUGUUUCAGUCUGUGAUCUCGCGUCCCCACUGCUGUUUCAGUCUGUGAUCUCGCGUCCCCACUGCUGUUUCAGUCUGUGAUCUCACGUCCCCACUGCGGUUUCAGUCUGUGAUCUCACGUCCCCACUGCUGUUUCAGUCUGUGAUCUCAUGUGCCUUAAGGGAUGAAUUAGACUGGACAUACUACAGCAAUACAGUCAUAUCUAUGCAUCUUUGAAUCUAAACUCCAUUCACAUUUUCAGUCUAACUGUAGGAGAUAUGCCUUUUAUUAUUUUACCUUAAAUUUAAAAUCACCUGUGAAUGUUCAGUGCUUGAACUGGGCUGGUACUCACCUGUACAUGGUACCGGUACCCCUUUGUUUUUCUCUUCAGGGUACUGGGAACGUUUCAUGUGUACUGGUACCUCUCAUAAUCUACCGGUAGUGAGUAAUAAGAUGAGUACUGGCUCCUGUUUGUUCACACUUCAAGCCCUGGGAGUAUUGUUACGAAUUCCUUUGUGCCGGAGGCAAAUGUGUAUUUAUUUUGCAUGUAUGUAAAUUAAUUAUUGUCCUGAAUCAUGGAAUGUUUAUGGCCUCGGAAGCAGAGAUUAGGCUGCCAGUUGUGCUGCCUGUGAGUGGGGGCAUGGCUAAUGGAUAUGUAGGAGGAGUCCAGCCCGAAUGUUCACGUCCCAGUGUAAUAAUUAACUGCUACAUGUUUGCCGAACAGGGCGGUGCAGUGGUUAGCACUGUCGCCUCACACCACUGGGACCUGGGUUCCAGUCUCCCCUAUGGCUCGUUGCCAUGUUCUCCCCAUGUUGUCGUGGGUUUUCCAGUCCCCCCC